AUGACAGACUCACUCGCCGCCGCACGGUAUGCAGCAAUGCGGUGGAACUGCCUGUCCGAAAGCCACGCAGACGAAUUGCUCGACCACCUCGACCUACAAAUAACAACACCCCUCGUCGACCUCGGCUGCGGAUGGGGCGAGUUGCUCCUCCGCGCAGCCACGCGCACAAACUGCAAAGCCACGGGCGUCGACACCGCGCCCUCAGCAGAGGACGCCAAGCGGCGACGGACCGCGGCCUAG